GAUAAUAUUUAUUCGAAAAGAAACGAGUAUUUUGCGUUCACUGAUACAAAAGACCUUAUAGGAAAAGGUUGUCUUCAGACUUGUUUCGCUGUGUUUUCUAAGGCUCGAACUUAAUCUAGCAUAAUGGCAGAUGAUGGAGAUGUUGCCGCUCUUGUAGUAGACAAUGGUUCCGGUAUGUGCAAGGCCGGAUUCGCCGGCGACGACGCUCCCCGUGCCGUCUUCCCAUCCAUCGUUGGCAGGCCCCGUCAUCAGGGUGUGAUGGUCGGUAUGGGUCAGAAGGACAGCUACGUGGGAGACGAGGCCCAGAGCAAGAGAGGUAUCCUCACCCUCAAGUACCCCAUCGAGCACGGUAUCGUCACCAACUGGGACGAUAUGGAGAAGAUCUGGCAUCACACUUUCUACAAUGAGCUCCGUGUGGCGCCGGAGGAACACCCAGUCCUGUUGACCGAGGCCCCGCUCAACCCAAAGGCCAACAGAGAAAAGAUGACCCAGAUCAUGUUUGAGACCUUUAACUGCCCAGCUAUGUACGUCGCUAUUCAGGCCGUGUUGUCCCUGUAUGCAUCUGGUCGUACCACCGGUAUUGUCAUGGACUCUGGUGAUGGUGUGUCUCACACUGUCCCCAUUUAUGAAGGUUACGCUUUACCCCACGCCAUUCUGAGAUUAGAUCUUGCCGGUAGAGAUCUUACCGAUUAUUUAAUGAAAAUCCUCACAGAACGCGGUUACUCAUUCACCACCACUGCCGAGCGUGAAAUCGUCAGAGACAUCAAGGAGAAGCUCUGCUACGUUGCUCUAGACUUCGAACAAGAGAUGCAAACCGCAGCAUCAUCCAGCUCACUCGAGAAGAGCUACGAACUCCCUGACGGUCAGGUAAUCACCAUUGGCAACGAGCGUUUCCGUUGUCCAGAGGCCAUGUUCCAGCCAUCUUUCUUAGGCAUGGAAUCUGCCGGUAUCCAUGAAACCACGUACAACAGCAUCAUGAAGUGCGACGUCGACAUCCGUAAGGAUCUCUACGCCAAUACCGUUUUGUCUGGCGGCUCAACUAUGUUCCCUGGCAUUGCCGACAGGAUGCAGAAGGAAAUCACUGCCCUGGCACCACCAACCAUGAAGAUCAAGAUUAUCGCUCCACCAGAGCGCAAAUACUCUGUCUGGAUCGGAGGCUCCAUCCUGGCCUCCCUCUCAACAUUCCAGCAGAUGUGGAUCAGCAAGCAGGAGUACGACGAGUCUGGACCCUCCAUUGUCCACAGGAAGUGCUUCUAAACGAAUAAAUCCAAAACCAUUAACUAGACAAAGUUAGAACUAACAAUCAAAAGUAUGCAACGAGCCAAACUUACUGAUGGGAACAGCCCAUGCAAGACUCACUCCGUGUGUUUCAGCGGACGAUUUCCAUGCAUUGUACUUGAUAACAUUUACUGUUGUGCCUAAUAGCGUUUUACUAACAGGUCCAUGUGCUAACAUUCGGAUUUGUAUUCAAAGUGCAAUUAUUACUUAUAAGUUUAUUAUAAGUGUCUACGUUUUAAUAAUAUAAAAUUAAUAUAUAUCGUA